AUGGCUGCCUCUACCUUGUCCAUUUGCUCCAGUGACUUGAGCUACGACAGCCGCGUCUGCCUGCCCGGUUCCUGUGACUCUUGCACUGACUCCUCCUGGCAGGUGGACGACUGCCCAGAGAGCUGCUGUGAGCCCUGCGGCUGUGCCCCCAGCUGCUGCCAGCCUAGCUGCUGUGUUCCUUGCUGUGCCCCCAGUUGCUGUGUUCCCAGCUGUUGCCAGGCCAGCUGCUGUGCCCCCAGCUGCUGUGCCCCAACCCCUUGCCUCCUCUGCACCCCAGUGAGCUGUGUGUCCAGCCCCUGCUGCCAGCAGUCUAGCUGCCAACCAGCUUGCUGCACCUGCUCCCCCUGCCAGCAGCCCUGUGGUGUGACCCUUUGCUGCAAGCCUGUGUGCUGCACACCCAUCUGCUCUGCCUCCUCCUCCUCCUGCUGCUGCCAGCCCUCCUGCUGUGCUCCUGUAUGCUGCAAGCCUGUGUGCUGCAAGCCCUGCUCCAGCCUGUCCCUGCUGUGCCGCCCUGUGUGCAGACCUGCCUGCUGUGUGCCCACCUCCUCCUGCUGUGCCUCCUCCUGCCAGCCCAGCUGCUGUCGCCCAGCCUCCUGUGUGUCCCUGCUGUGCCGCCCUGCCUGCUCCAGACAGGCCUGCUGA